AUGGACCCUACGGUACGGGAGAUCAUGGGCAACAAGAAGCUGCUCUUGUUCAAACAGAUGCUGAAGGAUGCAGGUGUUCCUGAUGAGCGCCUCUUCGAGGAUAUGGUUCAGGGAUUUCGGUUGACUGGUCCCCUUGAGCCUUCGGGUUUGUUUCCCCCUAAGUAUAAGCCUGCCGUCAUCUCAGUGGAUGAAUUGCGGCGCACUUCGCAGUGGUCCAAACACCUUGUCGAGGCUGCGUGUCGGAAGGCUUCACAGGAUCCUGAGAUUGCGAGGGCUGUUUGGGAAGAAUCGUUGGGGCAAGUCGAGAAGGGAUGGUUGUCGGGACCAUUCACAUGGGAUCAAAUGGAUCAAAAGUAUGGGGGCACUUGGGUGGCGUCCAAGCGCUUCGGGGUGUCCCAGGGCGACAAGGUGCGUGCUGUCGAUGAUCUCUCGCAGUUUCAGGUGAAUGCUUCGGUUACUGAGACCGAGAAGAUUCAACUUGAAGGCCUUGAUGACAUUGUUGCCCUUGCGAGAUUCCACUUGGGUGCCACUGUGUCGGGCACCAAGGUUUUCAGGCUCCCCUUGUCAGGCGGCGGCGUCUAUCAGGGCCGAUUGCAUCCUGACUUCAGGGAAGGUCGGGCACGGCGCUUGAAAGGCAGGGCUCUUGACUUGCGGAGUGCAUACAAACAGCUGGCUCGGCACCCCGCCGACGAUUGGGCUUCGGUGCUAGGAGUCUUAGAUCCAGACACCAACACUGUAGCCUAUUUUGAGAGCCACGCUCUCCCGUUCGGCGCAUCGAGCGCGGUGACAGGCUUCAACCGGGCGGCGCUUGCACUGCUUGAUCUCCUUGGCUGGGAGGUGUCCGAUGGCGAGAAGUUGAAACCUUUCGCUUCAGAGUUCACCAUGCUUGGUGCAGUGCUAUCCUUCAAAGAUGCGGGUUGCGACUCAGUUGAUUCACCAUGCCGAGUGAACCUGUGGUCUGAGCAGCCGCCAGUUGUCAUCUUUACGGAUGGUGCAUGUGAGGAGAAAGGCAAUCAGGUGACACAUGGGGCGGUCAUCGUUGACCCGGCUUCGCAGACUCGAGAGGUGUUUGGGGGUCACAUCCCCGAGGAUCUUGUGACAAAGUGGCGGAGCUCAGGCCGGACUCAGCUCAUCUUCUUUGCAGAGCUUUAUCCUGUCUUGAUUGCGAGACGGACUUGGGCUAAAGUGCUGCGUAACAGAAGGGUACUGAUCUUCGUGGACAACGAGGCAGCGAAGGCGGCCUUGAUCAGAAAUUAUUCUCCUUUGUUGGAUGCCGCUCAUAUGCUUUCUGACAUUGCCGAGCUUGAUGUCGAGCUCCGUUGUUUUCCAUGGUAUUGCAGGGUGUCGUCCAAGAGCAAAUUUUCCGACGCUGCCUCCAGACUGAACUUUGGGGAGUAUGAGGAAUGCUUCCGAAGGAUUCAGCCCACUCUGGCAGCCUUUUGA